AUGACCACCCCCAAUCCACCCAGUCAAAGCAGCCUCUCCACCAGAGUCUCCCUUCGCUGGAUCCCCGACCCCGCCUUCGAGAACACAGACACCAUCGUCAUGUCUCUAAUGGGCUGGUACGUGGAUCUCCGCGUCGACAAAUCCUCCGGUAAAAUCGACUGGGCUAUUGCCGGCCAACGGAUAGUAGAAAGCCAAGAGCCGCUGCGUGUGCUUUUCACCCACGAUAUCGACUCGCACAAUGCGUUUGAUGCAACAGAUUGUGGCACAUUUACCUCGCUUCCGAACGGGGAUGACCUUGAGACGGGGUCGAUGCCGCGUCCGGACCUUCCUGGUGCUCCGAUUAAGGAGUAUGAGGAGGUGUGGCGGGAGUUGCCGUUCAAAGAGGGUCCAGAGGGUCCAGGGCGAGGAGUUUCAUGGGUGCUGGAGGCGCUGGGAGAUGGGCAAGGGAUCAUUUUGGCUCGGACGUUCAUUGCGAGAAUCUGGGGGACUUAUGUAGCGCUGCGCCAGGAACAGACGCACUUCUGUGGGGAAGAUUCGAAAACCAUGGUCAAGGACGGAGGGGAGGUCAGCGCUAGACGAGAGGAGUGGGACUCUAUUUCUGGGUGGAAGACGAAGUACAUCCUAGGCCCGGAUGUCGACAAACUACCCUCCAUGUCGACGAUCGACACCGGAGAUUGGAGCGUCGGAAGAGAAGUGGUAGUGAGCGGCCAGCCAUACAUUGUACGAGCGUUUGAAAGAAUUGAACAUGUCGAAUGA